AUGCGCAGCUCUUCCUUUCAACAGCGCGGGGAAGCGGCGAAGGUGCGUGUUGUGGUGCCGCGCACAUCGCCUGGUGCGGCCAGGGGCACCAACGUCGACGCGGCCGGGACGGCGCCCCGGCAUGCAGCGCUGGAGUCGGCGCUCGUGAAGAACCUCAAGAAACAGGUGGCGUGCCUGGAGAUGGAAGUUGCUGUUCUUAAAGGAGCCUCUGGAAAGUCCUCACAGCGAAAUUCCGAUGUUGCUGCAGCGAAAGCAUCAACAGAGGAGGGUUCUGGUGCUAAUCCAUGCGUGGUGGAGGGGCAGCUCUCAUCCUCCUCGCUGCGCAGUGGGUUGUCACCGGCCGGCGUCUCUCACAUGGAUCCCUUUGCGAUGUGUUCUGCUGCACCGAAGGCGGCGGAGAAGAGGCUUCAGUCGUUGCGCCACGUGGAUACUGCCUCGCUCCAGUUCACGGCGGAGCGCCUCCGUCUUGAGAAAGAGUCUGUAGAGGCGCAGUUGCAGUACGAAAUGCGGGAGGGGGAGAGGAUGGUGAAGGAAAACGCUCGGUUGAACUCUGAGCUCCGUGCAAGCCGAGGCAGAGAAGAAGAACUCCAGCGGCUUCACCAGGGAGCGCUGAACGCACUCAACACAGAGGAAGGGAGACGACGGGAGUUAGAAGACAAGCUGCGUGCUGCAGUGGUACCAGCCGUGGAGGAAGGAGGCACAGCGUCUAUCGAGGACCUGGUGAACGAGAAGGAGUACUACCGUGUUCAGACCGAUCGGCUGCGCUUCGCCCAGCAGGAGAGUCUCAUCCGUAUCGAGGAGCUGGAAAGGCAAUUGAGCGUGGAGCGUAUACAAACUGCUGCAAUAGAAGAGAAGCUGUGCACAACACAACAGGAGGUGCGGCGGUCGCAGCAGGCGGAUGCGGCAAGGAUCGCUACGUACAAGCGCUUGGAUGCGAGUCAUGCUGAGGUGUGUGCUCUGCUUCGAAGGGCCGUGGAGGACUGCGACACGCUCCAUCAACAGUUACGACAACGCCACACAGACCCGUCGUCGCCAAGCUCCUCUGUCUCCAUUGGAGACACACUGCGAGGACUGGAGCGAAUAUCGUCGUGUCUGAAGAGCAGACAUGCGCAUGGGGAAGGAAGUAAUAUUUGCAGCGAGAAGAAAUCUGGAGGAGCUUUUUUGGUGAAGGUUGAGGGAUCGGUAGACAAUUCUCAUAAACCGUCACCAAACGCAUCCCCAUUGUCUGUAGCUGCAGCACCUUCUUCACCGCCGCCACCCGCUGCUGUGGUGCCUCCACCGCCACCGCCUACCGCUGUGGUGCCCCCACCGCCGCCGCCCACUGCUGUGGUGCCUCCACCGCCACCGCCUACCGCUGUGGUGCCUCCACCGCCACCGCCCACUGCUGUGGUGCCCCCGCCACCAUCCGAUAUCGUUGUGCCCACGGCCGGGUCUUUUACAGCGUUAUCAUCUGGUGUGCCACAACGGCCUCUGCAUGAUGCAAUAGAUGACGAAUUGGAGAGUGUCGAACGUAGAAUCAGAGAGGAAGAGGCAGCAUUGCUCGCCUACCUCAAUGCUCGAUGA